UCAGUGGAACGUUUUUUUGGUAUGCUAGCAAGAGCACCGGUAAUGAGGAUACCCAAAAAUAAACAUAUCUCAUAUGCAGUAGAGACCCCAUCGCUAAUGAUAUACUGGUGUGUUUGUAGACCAUGUUUGUUAAUGAAGAUGAAUCCCACCUGUCAGGUUUUUACUGCCCACAAGAGAGCACCACUCCAGUCCCUUGCCCAAAGGGAACCUAUGGCCCACCUGCUGAUGGCGUCUCCCCGGACAGCUGUCUAAAGUGUCCCCCGCAACAUUACUGUCCUCGGCCAGGCCUGUCUGCUCCUUUGUCCUGCGGGCCUGGAGCUCGGCAGCCUUUUUCCGGCCAGGAGACAUGUCUCUGUCUUGGAGAGGGGCAGAGCUUUCAGAGCAGCGACGGGCAGUGCCAAUGUACCCUCGACUAUCAACCUGGCAACCAUGAAGGUGUGUGCGUCCACAAAGUGUACAGCAUCUGCAGGGAUGGAAAAACACGCACGCAACACGGAGAUUGUCUGGACCGACAGGAGUGGUCACUUCAUUGCCGGCAGCAGGUGUGUCAAACUGCAGAGGACUAUGAGGGCUACGACGGCGAGCUGGGUCUGUGUGUGUGCACUGAGCCUCCUGGGAGAGCUGCGUGUGGGGGCCUGUGCAGGAGCAGGCCCGCAACUGCGUUGAGGCUUCGGUGCAGAUCCAGAGGUGAACUGGAGCUGAUACUGGGCUCUGGCACUCUGGUGUCAGGCGUCUCCAGCUCUGCCCUCGCCUCGGUCUUUAAACAGUGGGACUCCCACGGGAUCCUGCAGUGCAGCAGCCAUCUAUUCUCCUCACAUCCCGUCUACAUUGUUCAGACAAACGAAGCAGGCUUUCUUGGAGUCCUCAGCGGGAUUCCGGAGGAACUUGAGGAAUUGGUUUUACUCACCGAGCUGCAGGGAGCUCAGAGCCAAGACGAUUCUACCUUUCUGCAGAAGAGCCAUGCAAUGGCAAAUAUCAGCAGUGAUGGUGAAGAUUCAAGCAGGAGUAAAAAGGCAAAACGCCUGACUGGAAUUCUGAACCCGACAGUAUGUCUCCACCUGGGUGAUGUUCUACUGUUCAGUGUCAACACUCAGCACUAUCCUCAGUAUGAUAAUGAUAAUCUGUACAACACAAACAAUGAUUUUGACUGGGGUGCGUUUAGAAAACUAAAAGAGGAGCUGACGUUAUCCUGGACACCUCCCAGCUUCUUCUCGCUCAUCUUUAGCCAGCCUGGAGUGUAUGCGUUUACACUGAGCAGCCAUCCGCACAAACAUUUGUAUGUGCGGGUGAUGCCUGUAGGCGGACAGUGUUAUGAGCCCGGACCCUUUUUUUCCACUAUUCCUCGUCACAUGACCAGAGUGGGCAUCAGGAAGAGAAGAAACCUCCUUCUGCGUCCCGAUUGGCUGGUGACAGGAGGACUUUUAUUUGGAGCUGCGGUCAUCUUAUGUUUGUGCGUGACAGUCUUGAUCCUUUUCCAUGAGUACGGAUGGCCAGAGAAAAAGCCAAUCAGGGCUCAGUAUCACAUACAGCAGAUGACAUACCACAUGGACGACUACGCGUCAAAAGGUUCAAGGGUGAUCUCACAAAGGAAGAUUCACCGAAAACAAGCUACAAUGACGCUUGGCUCCAUUCAACCGGACUCGUUGGAGGAGUUCUGGGACUACGAGCACCAGGUGGAUCUGGAGGCCUUUAGCAGCAACACUUUCUAUAGCCUGCUGCUUAAACACAGCCUGACAGUCACCACUCGGCUGGGACAGCUCACCACCGAGGUGAAGGAGCUUUACCAGGGUGUUUUUGACAAACUGGGUCUUCUGCACCCACGCUCGCUGGACGAGGAGAGCACGGUAGAUGGUCAUGAGAAGACGAGGAGAGAAGUGGAGAAGGAGGUGGUCCGAAGGAGAUCUUUGGCCGCUCAGUUGAGGACUUUGCUCGACAGUCAACUCCAGGCUCUGAGGCGAGAGCAGCAGGCCCAGCAGAGGGUCCACAGUGUGUUCACAGCUCAGGUUCGAGAAUGCACCAGAAUACUGGGCAAGGUCCACGCCAAUAACCACGCGUUAUAUGGACAAAGCCAUCAAAAUUUGAUUCAGCGGUUGAGGUCUGCAGUGGCUGAGUUGGAGGAGCUGGUGUCAGCAGAGUGCCGGCGUCAGGGAUCCUGGGGGCUCUUGGGUGAAGGCACAGGGGCCAAGCUGCUGUGUCCUGACUCGGGCUCUGUGCUCAGUAAAGAUGCUCUUUUUGGUUCUGAUGGCUCCCUGGUAGACUGUUGUCCCCUUCAUUAUGAUGCAGUCACAGGCCUAAUAAGACCAAACGCCCACAGCCAUAUGUUACUGUCAAGUGGUCACACUAUGGCGGUUCCUCCGGAUUUCUUCCUUCAUCCACACACCGGCCACCUUUUGCCCAUUGCUGGAAACGUCGCCUACGACCCUGAAAGCUCCACUUUGGUGAUUACAACCGAUUCAUGCGCAGGAGAUACCAAGACAUGGGAAAGUCCUCUUAUUCCCUUCAUUCCAUACCCAACAUCUUGCCAUUCAAACCAGCCUCUGCCCAGCGUCCGGCUCAGAGGCCUCCGACCAGGCCAAAAACUGCAGCUAGGUGCGCCCAUGACAGACCCUGACACAGGGGUCCCAGUGCCCAUUCUAGCUGUAACCAUCCACCCACACACUGGUCUGGUUUACCCUUUGGGAAAGACGCACAUCUGCCCCAUCACCCGCAUGCUGCAACCCGUUCAGGUGGGCUAUCCCAUGCUGGAUCCCCGGACAGGGAAUGUUGUGCUGACUGCUGGGGUCAGUCUAGAUCCAGUGACAGGAGUGGUUCUGCCAGUAUGUGGAGCCCUGCUGGGCGAGUCCUUCAUUGAGCCUCUCAGUGGGCUGAUGGUGAGAGUGGGAGGUGCGAGCAUCCGGGCCGGGCAGCUGGUGCCUCAUGCAGGAGGAUAUCAGACCCUUCUCGACAGCAUGGUUUUGACUGCAAUGUUGAAAAUAGUGAAGCUCUUGAGGCCCCUAAAUGAAGAGUGGGGUUCAGACCUGACUUUGCAGCUCCAUCUGAGAGGAGAGCGGGGGCAGAGUUGUCAGGAUGGUGUUGGUGCAGCGAGCCAGGAGCUCCAUUCGCACUGGAGGAGGAGUCAGCACUGCCAGCUGCAGGUGCAAACUAGGCUGGAGAUCCUGCUGGACACCACUAUGCGUCUGCACCAAGAUGGAGGUUCACUAGGAGACAUGCCUUCCUCUGGCAUUGCUGUGCCCGCCUUGCUGGGAAUGGAGUACCCAGACCCCAUGGGAUCAGGUCUCAGUAUACCUGUUUUGGGAUGUGGGACUGACCUUGUAUCAGGCAGGACGAUACCACUGGCAGGGACCAUGGAAGACCCGGAUGGCAGAGGUCUGGUGGCGAUCAAAUAUGCCUCUCAGGCAGUUGACCCAGUCACGGGCAUUUUAGCUCCAGUGGUUGGCGCCAGGUUGGAUGUGCUUAAGAGCACAGUUGUACCUGUCACAGCCUCCUACUGGCUCGCAAUGACGGCUCAAAGUGACAGCGUUCAGGUGGAGGCUCUGGAUAGAGAGGCGUGCGCACGAAAUACUUACUGGCAGCAGCAGGGCCAGCAGGAGGAGGGCGUCCUCUCUGAUGUGGACUCGGCUCUGUUCCAGUGUAUUGUCACGGAACACGGCGGCCACCAGGUCCAGUGGUCAGGGAGGUCGCUGAGGGAGGCAGCUGUGGAGAUGCACGACUCAGCGCAGGCCGAGGCCCAGAGGAGAACCGCCCAGCGUGCCAGCUUGGCUCUCAUUCUGCCUCCACAUGUACUCAACAUCCUGACACUGGUGGAUGAGGAGGAGUGGGAUCAGCACUGUGUUUGGUUCGCGGAGUUGCUGUCAGUCCUCGACAUGAUGGACGUUUGCAUGGAGCAGCUGCAACAAGACCAGGAGAAAUGGAGCACACAAAGAGUAGAGUGGACCGCAAGCUUCCAUGUGAUGGACAAAGAACUGAGACUGAGAGAAAUGUGGGGGCAGUGUUCUUCCCGACUGUUUGAUUUGGAUGUCACGCUCGUUAAACUGCAAUGUGUUAGACAUCUCUCUCAGCUCCGUGGAGACACAGCUCAGGCAGUGUUGCGUGGGAACUUCUGGUUCAAGGAAUACGGUCUGAUUCGCUUCUGUCGCCACAGACCGGCUAUAAACAUCUUGAGUUUGCUCCAACAGAAGAUUUUACCUCUGCUGGAGAGAAUGAAACAACAAGUCACUGUCACCACUAACACCUGUCAUCAAUUUGGUACUGAGCUGCAGCCAGACAGAGGAGUCGCCAACCGAUCUUUGAGGCAAUCAGUUCAGUCGCAGGACACGGAUUUGCAGACUAGUUCUGCACAUGACUCACAGAAACAAAGCUGCACUGGCAUUCAAGAGUGUGCUCCAUACAGUCACAUCUCUCUCCCGACAAUGCCAGAGGAGGAGUGGACCAAGCUGCUAGAACUUUCUCCUCUUUUCCGGCUGCUGAAGAGGGUGGAGCUACAACUGAGACAUGGAGCCCCAAGGGGAUGGCUCCUUGGAGGAGGACUCACUGACAACUGUUUAGUAGACGUCCUGGAAUGUCAAUGGGAAUGUGAGGGAGAGUUGAUCCCACUGGACCCAUCUGUCCUCGAGCCCAGAGAAUUAUUGGUGUACCAGCACGGACUUUCCCUGAUGCGCAGCUUGCAUUGCCUGCAUCUGACUGCAGACGUUUCUCUGCACAUCGCUGCCAGUCUUCCCAAAAACAACUACCACAAUAACGCCUUCAGAAAUUCCUUCUUUUAUCAGGAAGCAGAUAAGACGCUCUUUGUUCGCCGCCAGAGACUCCAAUCAGUCGGAGGCUUUUCCCUGCUGCUGCUCCACUGUUUGUCCCAUGUCGCCAUCAAGGACUUGACCACUGACUACUCCCCUGACUUUCAGAGAUACUAUUGCCAGGUCCUGCAGGCGUGUCUCGGGGAGCUGUUUCAGCCCAAACUGGGCUUGGAUUCCUGCCCAACGGAAGCCGAUUGGUUGGAUGUUGAUCCUCCUCAGGGACAUUUGAAGGGCACUCCGUCUGGAUGUGGGAGCGCCUGCCUCUCUCAACAUGAUGUUGAAGAAGUUGGGGGCAAACACAGAGAAAUGUCUGUCUUAGCCCAUCUCGAAGGGGUUUUAAGGAAAAGAAUCUUAGCAGCAGAGGAAGGACAACAGCAGGCCAAAGGGAGCUGCAGGCCUUUCGCAGAUGAGAACAAGAAGAUGUGAUAUGUCCCAGCC